AUGAGGUCCUUGUUGAUUUUUGGGGCACUAGUACUUUUGUUUGGUGUUGCAAGAUGCGAUAUUGAGAAGGACAAGGAGAGAUGUGCGAACCAAUUGGUUGGGGCAGCGACAUGCCUUCCGUAUGUGAGUGGCGAAGCGAAUGCGCCCCCGAUGGACUGUUGCACGGGAUUCAACGGGAUUGUGCGCGACAGCCCCGAGUGCAUAUGCUUGCUGGUCAAGGAUAAAGACGACCCCAGCCUAGGCCUCAAGAUCAAUGUCACUCGUGCUCUCGGCCUACCCGUCAGGUGUCACGCGCCCAUCAAUCUCACCGUCGGAGACUGUCCAGCUCUCCUCCAUCUGCCACCCAACUCACCAGAUGCUAAAGUGUUUCAGGAUAUUGCAAACGCUACAAAUAGCACUGCUGCUGCUGCUGCUGCACCUGCUAGAGCUGGGACGGGUCCGUCACGGUUGCCGGCCGGGAGGACGGCAACACCAACAGCGACUAAUAACGAGUCGAGCAAUGGAGGACAUUUUGGUUUUGGGGCUCACAGCUUCUUGCUGGCUAUGGCUGCAAUUCACAUCUUCUUCAACCUCUGA